GGCAAGUAAUGGUUCCUUUUACCGACCGACUGACCGACCGACAAAAAUUACAAGUGUUUGCUAAUUUAAUAUGUUAAAGAUCGUUAUAGCUGAUAACUGAAACAAAAAUCUCGUAAUUAUGGCGGACAGAGAUCUUUCUAUGGGACCCCGUGAAGGAGUAACAUAUCCUGUUAGGGUGCAGUACUGUGGAAACUGUUCGAUGCCGAUAGAAUACUGCGAGUACUACCCUGAAUACGAUAAAUGCAAGCAAUGGUUGGAAAAAAACUUGCCGACCGAGUUUGAAAAAGUGAAGAUAGAUGAGGAAGAGAAUGCUGGUGGUGAAGAGGAGAAGAAGAGGCAGAAGCGUGGUGGCAAAGGCAUGCUAAAGUCCAAAAAGAAGGAGGAUGUGCCCAAGCUCGUGCAGGUCUCCCGCGCGCCGCGCGGCAAGAAGAAAUCCGUCACUGUUGUAUCUGGAUUGAGCACCUUUGACAUUGACUUGAAAGUGGCGGCUAAAUUCUUUGGCACCAAGUUUGCCUGUGGGUCAUCAGUGACUGGAGAUGAUGAGAUAGUCAUACAGGGAGAUGUUAAAGAUGAUCUCUUUGAUAUUAUACCAGAGAAGUGGCCUGAGAUUGAUGAAGAUAGUAUUGAAGAUUUAGGUGACCAGAAGAGAUAGUCACAAUUUUAGUGUAACAAGAAAUGGAGAUCUUUAUUCCUCUGUCUGCAUGAAACAUUUGUGACAACAUUUUGUAUCUAUGAUGUUUGUUAUUUUAUCUCUGUAUUGUUGCCUGCUGAUUAGAAAUUAUGAGGCCGGAGGUCUAUGGCAUAAUAAUUAUUAGAGCGCUGUUUGCUUCUAAGCCAUGUCAAUCAAGUAUGGCAUAUGGUUGACUGAAAUAAAAUCAAUAUUCCAACCGGUCCAGGAAAUUUAGCAUUUUAACUCUUUUUUUCUAAUAUGACAAAUGCCACCCUAUUGUUUCGACAUAUUGAGACUGUGUUUUGAGUGGAGAAUUUACUAAUUCAAAAUUUUAGAUUUAACAUCUCAAAGUCAAUUGCACACAAUCUAUGGCCAACAAUGCAGAGAUACCAUCAUUUUGGCAUAGGAAUGAAGUGCUUUGAUUCAUAUCUUCUUUAUUUAUGAGCUACUGCCAAUAAAAUGAAAAAAAUAAA